CUAGAAAGAAAUUUGUUAAAAAAUAAAAAAACUAAAAGUAGUUAGAAAUUCAAUUUAAAACAUGUAUGUAAUGUAGCAUUGGAUCCCUUCCCAACCAACAUCUUUGAACUAUUUAUCUGAUUUCAAUAUUUCUAUCUCAACCAUUAGAUUUACUUUAUUAAAAUUCUGAUCAUGUCUGAUUGUCUUCCACUAUUUAAAUCCCAUCAUUCUCUUCUACCCCACCAUUCUCUUUAAUAUUGCAUCUAAAAUAAUUAUAAAAGAAAAAAAAAUCCAUUCUAUUCUAUUUUUCUCUGCUAAAUAUACACCGCACCACUAUACUCAAAACAUAUUAUCUAUCCAAUUUGUGUCGGAAGAGAAGAGAUGACUUCAAGAGGUACUUCAUAUACAUUUGAAGAAGAUGUACACCUCUGCAAGAAAUAUCUCCACAUUUUGAAAAACCCAAUCAUAGGUAGAAGUCAUUCCAAAGACAACAUCUGGUCCAGACUUGAAGUUGAUUAUAACAAUUCCAAACCAGAGUUCAUCACCCAAGUUCGACCUAAAAGAUCCUUGCAAUGUCGAAUGCAACUUAUUCUUACUGCUGUUGCCAAACUCAGAGAAUGCAUUCAACAAGUUGAAAAUCUAAAUCUAAAGGAUGCUUCAGAACUAGAUAUUUUAAAUCAAGCUAAAGUGCUGUUAGCUCAAGAUAAAAAUUACAAAAAAGGGUUCAAAUUUGACCAUGUCUUCUCCAUUCUUAAAGAUUCUGAACAAUAUGAAAAUAAUAUCAUCAACACUCGAAUAUCAGUCUCUCGAAGGCGAAAUUAUCAGGAUAAUUAUCAUGAAAAUUUUGUAGUAUCAGAACCAAAGUCACCUACUUCAGAAUCAUCAACGUCGGAAUCGCUUGAAUUGUCAUCAUUUUCUCUUAAAAUAUUCGAUGAGAAUUUUGGGCAUUGUUCAACUCAACAACCCAAUGGAAUGGACAAAGCGAAAUCUAAAAGGAAAAAUAGCGUUGAAAGUUCAGAUGCCAUCGAAACUAAGGAACAAGAAAAUCGACAACUUGGUGAGAUGCUCAAAGAGAACAACUCAUUUAGGCAAAAGAUUUACCAAAUGCAAAUGGUAAGAGCUCAAAUUGAGUCAAGAAAAUUGGCUUUGGCUGAAUAUCGUGAGCAAAAUAAGAUUUUACUGGCAGAUUUGAAUUCUAUAGCCGAUCCGAAAGUACGUGAGUUUUUUGUAAGGGAACAAAUGCAAAUUAUGCAGAAAAGAUCUCAACAACAAGGUCAAGGAUCUCAACAACAAGGUCAAGAAUCAAAACAUACUUCUGAUUAAUUCUUCAAUAAUCUCAGCCUAGGUCACAAGACAACGCCAGAAGAUGUGUUAUUUUGGCAAUAUGCUAUGGGAGAAAUUUAUUUUUUUCCUCCAAAAAUGUAUAUGGUUCAAUAAUGAAUGUUUCUGCUUGUUACUGUGUAACUGGAUAGACUUUCAUCUCAGUAUUUUUCUUGGCCAAUGCAAAAAUUGGUUGAAACUGAAAA